AUGGCAAAUCAUCAGCCGGAGAAUUUCAACGACGAACUCAAAGAUGAGACUAUGAGUAAGAACAAGAAGAAGAAGCCAUCGAGUUUAGAAAAGAGAAAACUUAAGGGAAAGAACAAAGAGAUAACGAACAGAGACGAAGCGUCUUCAUCCUCAAAGUCUACUCAAAGGGUAUCUCAUAGAUUGCGUAGCCCUACGGUGCGUUUAGGUAUGGCUCGACGAAGUGUUGAUGAACGACAAGCUGAAGCCUUGGCUCUUCGUCUAGGCAUGUCAAUUGCAGCUUUUGUCAAUUUGGUUCUUGAAAGAGCGAGCGUCGCAGGUCAGAAUGUUUAUGUUGAUGAUCUUGGAGUAAUUUCUGCUUCUGCUAUCAAAGAAUCUUUAGCCAAUGUAAGCCAAAAAGUCUCUUGCAUCGUCCUUUUGCAUUCUUCAGUUUAUAGACAUCCUUUGAUGAUGUGGCUACAGGUCUAUGGUCACAAACUUGGUUCCUUUGCGACCAACUUUGAGGAAUCAUUCAACACUACUCUAAGGAUCCUUAAAAUGAUCAAUGAAUCCCCAUUUCAGCAUCAGUUAAACAAUAAUAACAAUGCUGCGAGUUAUAAUGUAGACAGCGAGCUAUCUGCUGAUGAAGCAAUCCAAGGCGGUGCAAGAACAACCUCUUCGGUGCAUGAGAUUGUCCUACACGAAGAGCCUAGACAACUCUCUUGUGUCCAGCAGAGAAGCUUACCUAUGUCCAUGACCCCAUUCGAAAGGUUUUAUAUACAAGAGCAAGCACUAGCAAACGACCUGAAGAGAGAAGAGAAUGGUCUUAAAGAGAGGGAACUAAGGGAUAAAAAGAUAGAGUUAGCACUGAGAUAUGAAUCAAACAGUAUCGGGAAAUCGAAGCUGGAGAUGAAUGUUUUGAAAAAAGCAUUCGAUGAAGAGAGAUUUAGAACCGAACAAGAAGAUACAAGAAAUGCUGAUAUGGUCAGAAAAAUCAUGGACUGGCUAGUAGUAAGUGUCUUCAUCAUGUUGGCUUCUAUGUUAUACGGUGCUUACGUGUUCUCGCAGCAGAGAAUCAUGGAAGCUACUUCAAUUUGCGAGCCAUCCGAGGAGACAACCUCUUCUUGGUGGGUUCCUAAACAAGUUUCAUCGAUAAGCACAGAGUUUAACAUCUUGCUUUGCCGGGUUAGAGUUUGGGUUCAGAGUUUCUUCGGUGUGUUGAUGAUCCUUGUCUUCACUUACUUCAUAAUCCAACGGUCUUCAGGUACAAAGCAGACAAUGCCUGUAACUUUCAUCGUUCUUUUCCUCGGUAUUGUUUGCGGUUUACCUGGUAAGCUUUGUGUGGACACAUUAGGCGGCAACGGUAAGCUCUGGCUGUUACUUUGGGAAGUGUUUUGUCUUUUGCAGUUCGUUGCAAAUGUUUUCACGUUGGCUUUGUAUCGUUUUCUGUAUGGUCCAGUAACUGUGACUGAAGGGGAACGUUGUGGUGACAGUAUGAUUCCGUAUUGGGCACGGCGUAGUGUCUUCUUUGGGUUGAUUCUGUUGGUUUUGCCUGUGGUUAACGGUUUGUUGCCUUUUGCGACAGUUGGUGAAUGGGGACACCAUUUCACUGUGGUUGUGUUUGAGUCUCUUGGUGGGUUGGGGUCUGAUGAUUGAGGAGAGGAGUGUCCCAUCUUUGUAAUGUUUGUAUUAUUAUUUAGUGUUGGGUUUGGGGUUUUAUGUUUGAUCUUAUGGAUGUUGACAAAACAAUGGUAUGACAGUUACAAAGUUGUUAUGUAUUUGAUGUACUUAAGCUAGUUUUACUGUUGUCACUUGUUAGAACGAA